AUGCUCAAUAGUAAAUACCCCCCAAAGCUACACUUCAAGGAUAAGUUCCACAAGGGAGGAAGCUCUGCAUCGAAACUUGUUCAAAAAGCGCUCGAAGACCGUCUGCUCGACCCCAACACGCUUUGGGCCUAUGAAGAUAUCAUCGACCCGCAUCCAACAUCCGCGCCUAAUGAGUACGGGGACACUUGGCAACGGUGGAACACACCUCUUCACCUCGCGCUUCUUUGCUUUGAUUAUGAGUCGGCAAAAAUCAUCCUGCGUCACCCAAGAGCAGAACCCAACAUCUAUAACACGGAAGGACGCACUGCUAUCCAUGAGGCUGUCAAGCUUCACAACAUCGAAGCUAUCCGCUUUUUCAUCCAUCAUGGAGCGGACCCGAACAAAGCCUCACAGGAUGGCCUGGUUCCCCUUCAUGCAGCUCUUUACGAAGGAUACGAGGAAGUAUUCUUCGCCCUGCUCGAGAACGGUGCCACUUUGGAGGCUGCCACGCAUCACGAAUGGUCAAUCACGGAUCUUGCUUUACUGGCCUCGGAAGAUUCCAUACUAGAAAGGCUGAUCUCCACGUCCGAAGCCUCAGGAUAUCGCCAUACCCGCUAA